AUGUCGAAACCAAAGCUCCUCUGGGGGCUGUCCAUCCAGCAGCUCGAGUCUAUCGCCGACUCAACGCCAUACAUGACCGUUGCGGAGCUUGUGGAAAAAGUCCACCAAGUCGCCGGGGAUGAUGAUAGCAACGAUGAGACUUCAAACCGCGAAAUCUUUCAGAUUGUCAGCGUCUCAGAGAUACAGGACGCAGAGAGUGUCCUUCAGCCGAAGGUGCCAUCUCAGCAGCCAACGCAGCCUUCUCGUGCUGCUAAAUCUGCGGCUCAGGACCCGUCAUCGAACAACGUCAAAGACAUCCCAGUUCCCACCCCUGGUUCAUAUUCAGCCUACGCAGCAGCGGAGCUCUCUGAGGCAAGCGCUAUUACUCCGUCAGGGCAAGAUCAUCUUCAGUCCCUCUAUCCACCAAUGACCACAAUUGGCACAAGCUCUCAAUCCGCCGCAGCUACGUCUGCUGCCAACAGCGGAGACUUUCUUCCCAAUUCAGUCGCGCCCACCUACGGGGUAUCUUCUUUCACGAACAGUACGCCGGGUGUCUCUCAAUAUUUCCCACAGCAGCCAGUUCUGGCAUCUGGACCGCAUACAGGCGCCCGUCAAUCGCUCUUCCCUCAAGACCACCACGCCAGUCUGGAGUCCUACGGCCACAUGAAUGCCGAGAAUCUACUCGCACAAGGUAACGGCAUUGACAUCAGCCAGAUCUUCGGCGGCCUCAUCCUCCGAAUCGCUCUUGAAAAGAUGCCAGAGAGCAAGGUCACCAAGAUGUUGAAUGAUAAACGAGCAGUAGAUCGCCCUUCAGCUCGCGAGAUUCGUUCAACCAAGACUUUUCGCAAACGUGUGGAGAAUGCCAUUAGGCACAUAUUCGGAGCUUUUGACGAUGCUAGCUACAAGGCACAUCGCAGCACCUUUAACGCAGCGCAAAACGACCCAGUGCUGCGUACCGAGUACAUCGCCAUGCUACAAGACCGGAAGACAUUCCUCAUCAACCCACGCAGCCGGUGUGAACGUUGCACCAAGAACAAGGACAUGACAGAGAGCAAGUCGAACCAGAGUGUGACAGGACAACUGCAGCAGAGCUCACCACAGUUGUAUGGAGGUGUGCACACGGGUAGCUCAUUUCCAGCUCUGAGUGCUGUACCCAGCAGCUGGACAAUCGAGAGCAUGUUGAACCCACCAACUCCUGCAGCUCCUGCUCAGUCAAUGCCUGCUCCACGCCGCAAGCGUCCUGCUACGGCAUCAAACACACAAGCUAUCCACCCUGCUUCCAAGCGACGACAAGGAGCAGGUUACGGCGCAGAUCAAACAUCACAAUUGCCGCAGCCAGAUUCCACGAGUGAGACAUACGCUAUGCCGCCUCAGCAUUCAUACCAGAGCGAGGCAAACGAACGCAAUGAGACGAGUGAACGCACUCAGUCACAAUACCCGGCUGAUGAAUCUACUCUCGCGAAUGGUUUGCUAGACUUUCUGCAUCCACCAUCACAGUCAACAUUCGAAGUUGGCUCAUGGAUGCAAGAAAGCACUGUUCCGGCCUCCAGUCCACCAGUGCCACGCUACACAUCCUACCACAAUGACAGAAGCAAUGUGGACAUCCCGCCCUCCAGCCCGCCGGUACCUCGCUACACGUACUACCAUGAAAACGCAGGCAACAUGGGUAGCGCUAUCAACAGUGAUGCAGCGGCCGCUAUGGGAGUCACUACUUCGGCUUAUGGCCGAUCAGAUGGUUAUCUCAUCAGCGACGCUCCUGGCGAUGCGGUUCAACAACUCGGCUCGGAUGGAACAUUUUCACAAUGGCAGCCACCACAGCAGAGUACUCUCGGCUCGGAUUUCUGGGGCAACGAAAUGCCAGCUGACGAAGGAGCUGAAAGGCGCCUGGAGAGGAGCCACAGGAAACCCAAUAGAGGCCAACAGAAAGAACAAGAGGCAGGCGGCCGACGAUGA